UGGUAAUUUAGGGGAAUAGGGUGAGCGGCAUAAGUAAGCAACCCUAAUUGGCAUCGUGUCUCUACUCUUGUACCUGGCUGCUGUAUACUCCGCCUCGCCUCUGGCAGCUCUGCUCUCUGGUGCUAUCUCGGAAGGACGCUCGCAGUGGUAUUAUCAGAUUUGAAAUCAGAGCGAAACGUUUUUCCGUGAAGCAAAGCCAUGGCUCUGAUCUUGCAUGCAGGGAAAACCAAUAAAAAUGCGUUUAAGACGCUCAUUGCUGCGGAAUACAGCGGUGUCAAAGUUGAACUGGCUCCAGAUUUUGAGAUGGGUGUUUCUAAUAAAACUCCGCAAUUUAUCAAGAUGAAUCCCAUUGGCAAGGUUCCUGUUUUAGAAACCCCUGAUGGUCCUAUCUUUGAGAGUAAUGCCAUAGCACGCUAUGUUACCCGCUUGAAGACUGAUAAUCCUCUUUAUGGUUCUUCUCUCAUUGACUAUGCCCAUAUUGAGCAGUGGAUUGAUUUUGCAUCGCUGGAGAUUGAUGCUAACAUUUUGUUUUGGUUUAGACCGAGAAUCGGACGAGCCCCAUACCUUCCUCCAGCUGAGGAAGCUGCAAUUUCAGCUUUGAAGAGAGCAUUAGGUGCUUUGAACCUGCAUCUUGCUUCAAAUACCUACUUGGUUGGGCAUUCUCUAACACUGGCUGACAUCGUCAUGACAAUCAAUUUAUUUUUCGGGUUCACCCAGCUUAUGACUAAGAGCUUCACUUCUGAGUUUCCUCAUGUUGAGCGAUACUUCUGGACUUUGGUUAAUCAACCUAACUUUAAAAAGAUAUUGGGCGAGGUCAAGCAGACUGAAUCUAUUCCACCUGUUCAAUCUGCAAAGAAGCCUGCCCAGCCCAAAGAAUCUGGUAAGCCAAAGCACAAAGAUGAGCCAAAGAAAGAAGCUAAGAAAGAGCCAGCAAAGCCCAAAGAUGAAGCUGGCAUGGAAGAGGAAGAGGCACCAAAGCCUAAACCCAAAAAUCCUCUUGACCUGCUGCCUCCAAGUAAGAUGAUAUUGGAUGAGUGGAAGAGGCUCUAUUCAAACACCAAAACCAACUUCCGUGAGGUUGCAAUUAAAGGAUUCUGGGAUAUGUAUGAUCCUGAGGGAUACUCUCUGUGGUUCUGUGAUUACAAAUACAAUGAUGAGAAUACUGUUUCCUUUGUUACAUUGAACAAGGUUGGUGGAUUUCUUCAACGAAUGGAUCUCGCUCGCAAGUAUGCAUUCGGGAAGAUGCUAGUCAUUGGCUCAGAGCCACCAUUCAAGGUGAAGGGGCUAUGGCUCUUCCGAGGACAAGAAAUUCCUCAAUUUGUAAUUGAUGAGUGCUACGACAUGGAACUGUAUGAGUGGAAAAAGGUGGACAUUUCAGAUGAAGCACAAAAAGAGCGCGUCAACCAGAUGAUUGAAGAUCAAGAGCCUUUUGAGGGAGAGGCUCUUUUGGAUGCGAAGUGCUUUAAGUGAUAAAUUUAAUUUAUGGCUUAAAGCGUGUGUUCUUUCUUUUUGGUUUUUGUUCUCUCUGUCUUUUUGGUAGAAUACGUCUUGUCAUGUUUAAGAUCAAAGUCUUAGUCUUUUGGUGUUACUGAGUGACUAGUUAUAAUCCUUGUUUUUGCAAUUUCGUUAAUGGAUUGUGUUUUAGACAUUUAUAUAAUGGAAAGCUCUAAAUAGACAUGCUAGUUUUUCAUGAAA